AUGGCUUCCGCUGUCUACUACGCCGCUCCUCCCAAGGAGGAGGUCGACUUCAUGGCCAUGUUCACCAACCAGCACGAGGAGUCGCUUGUCGACACCAAGCCAGCUGUCCAGCAGCAGGCCGCCGACGCCGCCUCCACUUCAUCUGAACAGCCGCAGGUCUACGACCUGUCCACCCCUGUUCCCUACAACACUACCAUUUCUUCGGCCGCCACCGUUCCCCAGUACCUCGAGCCCGCUCUCGCCAUCCAGAGCACGUCUUCCAACCAGUCGCCUGAGGCCGGAUCCUAUGGCACCGUCGCCCCCUUCGACCCUUCAACGGCUUACACUGAGGCGCAGAAGGUUCCCGGCAGCGGAACGCUCAGCCCCGCUGCUGUUGGUGCUUCGCCAACUCUUCCUGGCUCGGGCGGUGCCACUCCUCCGGAAACCGCCGUCGCCACUGUCGACAAGACCCAAAUCCGCCGCAAGCGCAAGCUUACGCCUGACGACAAGCGUCGCAUUUGUGAGAUUUACCGCAACUCGCAGGGCAAGAUCCGCCAGGAGGAUAUCGCGAAGGAAUACUCUGUUGACCGGAGUACCAUCUCGAAGAUCUUGAACCAGGAGGACCGCUGGCUCGACCCCCAGCAGCCCAAUGCUGCCGCCAUUCUUGCUCGCCGCCCUGGUGGCCGCUACCCCGCGAUCGAGGAGGAGAUGCACCGCUGGCUUGACGAGGCCGUCAUGCAGGGCCGUGACGUCCGCGACUCUGAGGCGCGCGAAGAGGCUCUCAAGGUUGGCCUUCGCCUUGGCCACCCCCACUUCCAGGCUUCGUCCAAGUGGUGGGACGGUGUCAAGCGCCGCCGCAUUGAGGAGGGCCGCCCUAUGCCCAACACUCGCCGCCCGCACACCUCCAUGCCCCCGCUCAUGCCCGGUCUCAUCCGGUCAUACUCCACCAUGACCAUGGACUUCCCUCGCGAGGCUUUCCCUAUGGCUGGUCCUAGCCACCACCCGUACAUGAUCGACCCCGCCAUGAUGCACCCUGGCGUCAUGGGCGUUCCCCUGCAGCACGCUGGCCUCCCCAUGGCCGUCCGCGCUCGCUCGCAGUCUUCCCCGCAGAUGUUCAACCCGUACUCGGCGCAGCAGCAGCCUUCUUUCGGACCUGCUCCUCGCCAGCGCCAGAGCCCCGGUCGUCCGUCUCCCGUGACGCCGCUGACCCGCCACCGCUCCUACCAGGGAUCAAACGGUGGUUCGCCCCAGCGUGGCAGCCCUCUGCACCGGGCUGGAUCGACCCACGGAUCGCGCCCUUCGCCUCACAUCCGCCUCGGUGCUUCCGCCUUUGGUAUCACCCCCUUCCGCCCGGAGGACGCUCCCCCCAUCGGUACUCCUGUUUCUGGAGGAGCCACUCCGACCGAGGCUACUCCGGGAUCUGCUUCCGCGCCGGCUUCCACCGCUGGUGGCGCUGCUCCUCCCGUUAGUCUCUCGCCUCUGUCCAUGGCUGUCUCUGACACGCCCUCGGAGCUGUCGGCUGGCAACUCGCUCGGCCUCAGCCCGAGCACCCCGUGCACCCCUGCGCAGGCUUCUUUCCCUCAGGUCCCCGAGUACAUGGCCCCGGCCGUCGGCCCUGACAUGAUGGUUUGCCAGCAGCAGCAGGUCAUGAUGGGCCAGCCCGGUCUGAUGCAGUUCCAGCCCGUCCCCGUGUACACGACUCCCGGGUACGGCGGUGAAUUCCAGCACCAGCAGUGGCAGUAG